AUGCAGCCAAAUCCACGAUUGACGCCAAACAUUGUCUCCUAUUCCUGCACAGUCCAGGCAUAUGGAGCUGCUGGUAAAGCAGAACAUGCUGAAAAGGUCCUGGAAAGCGUUUGCGACCGCUACUACCAGCAAGAUACAAAGUUGAAGGACGAUGGAGGCAUUCAGAGCUUGAGACCGACUGUGCAGCUCUUCUCUACUGUAAUGGCAGCAUGGGCGAAGCGCGGGGCCCCGGAAAAGGCUGGAGAAUUGCUUGAACGUAUGCACGCACUGUCUUUGGCCGGAGAUUUGUCAGGAUCCAUUGACACUACUGUGUACAACGUCGUCAUGAAUUCCUGGGCAAAGUCUGGUAGAAGCGAUGCGGGGGCAAAAUGUUUGGAGAUAUUGGAAGAGAUGGAGCAAAGUGGCGGUACUGCUGCCCCAGACAGCAUCUCUUACAACACUUCGCUAAAUGCAUUGGCAAAUCUUGGAGACGGAGUGGGUUGUGAAGAGCUGGCAAAACGAAUGAAAGACGCACCAGGAGUCACUCCUGGUUUCGACACUCUUUCAACUCUCCUCAAGGCGUGGACCAACUCGCCAACAGUCAAAACAAAUAGUGAAAGAGUCGAGCUAUUGCUACAAAAACUUGAGGAGCUCCAAGAACUGACUGGAGUUGCUGCAAAUGUAGCUAGCUACAACGUCGUCCUGAACUGCCUGGCAAGGUCAAAAGAUCCAGUCUCUUCCCAAGUGGCCGAAGAUUUGCUCUUUGAGAUGGAGCGGUUGUCAUCCAAUGAGCCUGAUCGAGUGGCGCCGAAGGGUGCCAGUGUCAGACCAGACUUGAUCUCGUACACUACUGUGAUGCAUGCAUAUGCGAAUACUGGCAAUGCUGAGAAAUCCGAAGAGAUCUUGGAACGCUUGAUUGAAGAAUACGUGAGGAGAGGGCACAAGAGAAAAGGUCUGCAACCAACAACCCGAGCAUUUAACAGCGUGCUACGGGCCUGGGCACAAUACGCUAGGCAAAACUCCACUCCUGAUGCUCCAGCUCGGGCUGAAGCUCUAUUGGAAAGGAUGCGUCGUCUUCACAACACAUCUGGAGCCCCGGUUAAGCCCGACGAAAGAAGCUACAACCAUUUGCUGGAUUGUUGGGGCAACUCCGGCUUGCAAGGUUCUGCUGCCCGGGCCCUUUCCAUUUUAGGAGACAUGCGGGCUUCUGGAGAUAGCGACAUCGCGCCCACUACUGUGUCCUACAAUACUGUCAUUGCAGCCUUUUCGAGAUCUGGAGACUACGAGAAAGCAGAGUCUCUAUUGGAAGAGAUGAAUCGUCAAAGCCAAGCUAUGGGGGAAACGUCUGUAGUGAAGCCAAAUCUGAUCUCGUGGAAUUCUCUGUUAGCGGCAUACUCCAAGUCUCGUCAUUCUGCUGCUUUAGGGAAAGCAGAGAGAGCGAUUGCGAGGAUGGGGGAGCUGUUUGAAGCUGGGCAAUUGGAUGCAAAGCCCAACGUUUUGAGUUUCAACUGUUUGAUGCAGUGCCUUGCGUCGUCUGCACAGCCCUCCAACGAUGCAUCCGAGCGAUGUGAAAGAAUCUUCAGAGAAAUGCAGUCGAGAAGCCAUGCCGCUGAAGAUACGUUGACACCUAACUCGCACAGCUUUGUUGCUGUCAUCACAGCUUGGCUGAAGCAUGGCGACGCCGACCGUGCAACAUCUUUGGUUUUAGAACUCUGCGACAACGAAGAGGUGGAGCCAGACAUCAAGACCUUUCGUUUUCUCCUGAAGAGCCUUCCCUCGUCGGCUGCGACCAUUAGGCGACGCAUGGAAGAAUUGUACCCACAGCAAGGGGAUCCGGAUGUUGGGGACGAAUCGAACGCAUGCUCUUGA